UCUCAGUAUCAAUUAUGGUUGUUGUAUAUUCAUUCCUUCGCCUCAUUCAAAGAUGGUCUCUGAGUGGCCUUUCUUCCUUAGCUUUACCAAAACUCACGCCAAAACUAUCUCUGGAUCAGAUAUCUCAGUCGAUGAUGUGCUUCGAAUUCUUCACGAUCCUCCUGCAUUAGCCGGCCUGAACGCAUUGGUAACCAAAUGCCAGGUUUUGGAUCCCUCGAAGCCGAAUCUAUAUACUCUGCAUGAUGAUCUGCGUAUCUUUGGUUUGUUCAAGAAGGACAUUGUGUACACGGUGAACUUCUUGCCAACGAGUGACGGAACAGACACAGAAGUCAAGGCUGGUCUCUGGACGACGCUCAAGGAGCAAUGGAGAGUAGUGAAGAAGGGGGAAAAUGGAGAGGUGACCGUUUCGGAGAAGGUGACCGUUCGAGUAAGCGGCAACACGCGUUAUUUUUCACUUUCACUGACGAACUACCUUGACCUCCUUAGUGCCUCUUCCUCUUUCUACCCUUCAUCCUCUUCACCAUCACUGGCGCGCAUUCUCGUCUACUGGAAAAAUUAGAAGAAAAGGUGAUAGCGGAGGCAAAAGCGCCUAGUAGCAUAGCGAGGGUUGAUCCAAGUUCGGUGUAAUUCCACUCUGGAAUAAAGCAUGUUUGCAUACAUCGCGAUACUAGUAGCGCUUGCCAGUCUUUGGUAUUUUGAAACUCGAACGUCCUUCGUUUCCGCCGGAAUAUCAACAUCGUCAAGUGUUUGGCUUUCAACCGUUUGCAUGCCCAUAA